GGUGUUGAUUUGCUACUGACAUCUAGUAUAAAAGCAUUUCAUGUCUCGUGGCGGUGUUAAUUUUCUAAGAAAGUUAAAUAAUAAUCUCUCGUGUUCUAUGGAAUUUAGGACACUCAUUAACAAAAAUCUGCUCGUGCUAACGCACUCGCUGAUUUUUGUUAAUUCGUGCCCUAAAUACCAUAGAACACUCGCGUCCAUUAUCUAACCCUAACGCACUCGCUGAUUUUUGUUAAUUCGUGCCCUAAAUCCCAUAGAACACUCGCGUCCAUUAUCUAACCCUAACGCACUCGCUGAUUUUUGUUAAUUCGUGCCCUAAAUACCAUAGAACACUCGCGUGCAUUAUCUACCCCUUACAUAGGCACUAGUAUCGAUCCUCGAGAGGCAACUGUACAGCUCUGGCUAUAGGCCCUUAUCGUUGUUUUCAACCACGACCUGGCGAUACAUGUAUGAGGACGAAAUAUCAAAAUAACCUUCUGAAAAAAUCAUGCUUUAUUUACCAAAUUCAAUCUAAAAUAUCACAACAGCUUUGUCAAAUUGGUUGCUCAUAAUUUGCUAGGGUGGUAAAGAGAUAUAGAAAUAUGACAGAGAUAUACCCACGAUACUUGGCGAAAUUUAUUUGAAUGAUUGAUUUUUUUCACUUAUUUGUAUUUCUGGUGCUAUAUUAAAAAUUUUAAAAACGAAUAUUUGAUGUUUUUUUUAUUGUUUCUAUGUGACCAAGCACCGAAAUAAAAAAAUUCCCAGUUUAAACCUUAGCGUUUAUGCCAAAAACUGCUACCAAAAAAAAUAUUUCAAAACACAGAGAAACAAUAACUUUUUAAAAGCAUCAGCAACAACAAAAUAAACAUUUUUAAUGAGCCUUUCAUUUCAAAUUAUCAAACAAUUAAGGGUUUUCGAAACGUUUUACACACAUUUAUUUGCUGAUUUGGUUCACACUUCACACAAAAUUCAAUCAAACUUUGUCAAGUGCAACACAACAUCAUUACUGUAGCUUUGUAAAACAACAGUUUUCUACUAUUUAAUAUUAUUAGAGUAUUGUUUUCGUAGGUGUUUGAAGGUGGCCAGAAUAUGAAAAUAAAGUAAUACAGGUCUUUUGAAAUAAUAUUAUUAUCUUACAGCCGAAUUCAAAGUUUUGCUUCCGCCCAGAAUUAAAUUCCUUGUUUCUUGUUUGCGAAUAAUGUAUAGUCAAUCAAAGCAAACAAGCAGGGCAAUAAAUCAACACAAAGGUUGAUAAAAUGGUAUGUUUACGGUGACAUGUCGAGCAGUAGCCCUUCGCCAGAUCCAAAGAGACUGGACAACAAGCAGACAUCUUUUACAAAGUUCGAUUUACUAAGAGGUAUUCCUUAAAGAGACAAGGGCAAACACACCCUAGCCAACCUUCCAAUCACGCGCGCUUCUUUGUUUUUACCGUUUCUAAUCAUGCGGGGUUUCCUUAAAGAGAUGCUCAUUAAUCAACGGUGAUCAAUUGAAGGCAAAAUUAUCGAUUAAGCUAUAAAACAGUUUAUUCAACUGUACAUUACUUAUCUCCUAUGGUACAAUCGUCUUGAACCUUCAAUCUUAAGUCAUCCUCAAUCUUAAGUCUUCUUCAAUCAUCUUCAAUCUUCAGUUACUAUUGAGAAACCAAAAAUGGCUUUCCCUCAUGUGUUCUGUACUAAUGAGACUGCUCCCUCGGCUCUCCCAUUUGUAACUGGCGGGAUUUCUCUAUUGCUCUUCCUUCUCGUCGUGCCAGGGAAUUUUCUAAUCCUCCUGGCUAUCUACAAAGACCCAAACCGAGAACUUCGCAAGAACCCUUUCAACCUCUUCGUGGGAAACUUGGCAACGGCGGACCUCUUAGUUGGAUUACUGGUACUCCCCAUCUCGGCGGCAGUUCACAUUCGCGAAGGACUCUUCAUUCUACCGAUCAUCUCUCAGAUAUUAGCGAUUCAUAUGUCUUAUUUCGUAGCUUGCACGGCCUCCUUGCUCAGCCUCGCCGCCUUGACGUUAGACCGUCAUAUCGCGGUCAUGUACCCCUUGUACUACCGUACGGCGCUGAACCCAAGGCGAGCUUUUGUCGCGUCCGCCCUCAUUUGGGCUCUCUCGAUAUCGCUUACAUUUACUUAUCUCAAAGUUGGUUCAAAUAUCUUUGCGUUCGUUUUUGCCAAUAUCUCUAUCGCCGUGUCUUUGUUCUUUCUAUUUUCUUGCCUUUACAUAACAAGAAGGGUUGGAAGAAGAGAUGUCAUUCUGGAAAAUUCUUCAUGCCCUGUGAACAGAUGUGGCAGAAGGCGUCACAGUAAACUCCAGACGCGGACUACUAGAGUGUUCAGCUUUGUUCUAAUCACCUAUAUUCUUUGCUACGGGCCCUCUUGUGUGCUUAUCUAUCUGAUGAAUUUUUGUGUUCGAUGUAGCUGCGCGCAGAUUCACUGGUUUCGGGACUUGCAAUUUUUGUUUGUACUCGUGAAUAGUUGCACAAAUCCGAUUUUAUAUUCAUGGAGAUUAAAAACUUUCCGAAAUGCAUUGAAGAAGCUUCUAGGAAUUAAGUCAACAAGGCAAAGUUCCAGCUCUUCCACCUCAAGCAAUAUUUGCCAGCAGCCAUCGAACUCGAUAGCUGAAGUGAGAAGUUACCAAAAUGACGCCAUUGAACUUGUGAGCUUUAAAACUCUUUAAAACAGUAAACAAGAGACCUGUUAAAAGUUACGGAAAAUCGAAAGAUGACACAGUUCUCGAUAUAGAGUAAACAUUUUGCAAUUCAAAUAGAUCAGCUAACCUCGAUAUUGAAAAGGUGAUAAGUGCUUAACGGGAAGUUGUUUGUUUUUUUUUCGAGUAUUUUAAAAAUAAUUGUCCAUGUCCACAUUUGCAAACAAGAACUGAUUGAACUGAUUUAUUAAUAAGAUGAGAACUACGUGAGUAAAUAAGUUGAUUUAGAUUUACUGCAGUUGCUUCCGCUUUUGCAAUAUUGUCGAGUACACUUUUAUGCAUAUGAAUAAAUACAUUACGAUAUGAGAUUGUCUUUGCAAAUUACCCUACAGAAUUCGAAAUGAGGAAAAACUUUCUAAAAAACAAGAACAAAAUGUUUUAUUUUCUAGAGUCGCGUGUAUCUAGAAAAUUCAAGCGUUUCAUAUUUGUGUUACUGUUGUAAGGAUCUGUGGCCGAUUUCUUAGAAUCUGGUUAUUUUUUCCCUAGAAUAAACUUCGGGAUAAAAUUUGUUUUCGAAAGGAUGGCUAACUUACGGUUAAUAUACCGUCCCCAAUGCCAAUCCGGAUUCACGGGCCGUUGUGGGAUGAGCGAGUUAAGUCUGCGGGGUUUUACGACUAUUCCUACCGGUCAGUCAGCAAAUUAAAGCCUGCAUUGUGGUAGUUUAGUUUCCCUAGAGAGGCUUCAAAUCAUCUCUAUGAGACGUUCUUAUAAAUAAAAGAGUGAAUAUCACUUGACACCCGUGAUCGCUCGUAAUCAAUUACAUUCUUAACGGUCACCAAGAAGUUCUAAGAACGGCCAUUAGAUAUUUAACGGAAGAAUUCCCACGCAAUCCCACACACAGAAAAAAAAAAACAGAAUAUAUCCUGUGUAGAAAUCUAGCCGAAAAAUAUUAAACACAAUAUUAGCCCCUCCCCACAUCAAAUUACAUACUACAAAUUUGUAGGCAAUAACAAUCUUAAGUUAUACAGAAAAAAGGAAGAAAUGAUUUUUGCGUUUCAGACUGACAUAAGUCACCAAGAAGUUCUAAGGACGGCCAUUAGAUAUUUAACGGAAGAAUUCCCACGCAAUCCCACACAGAAAAGAACACAGAAUAUAUCCUGUGUAGAAAUCUAGCCGAAAAAUAUUAAACACAAUAUUAGCCCCUCCCCACAUCAAAUUACAUACUACAAAUUUGUAGGCAAUAACAAUCUUAAGUUAUACAGAAAAAAGGAAGAAAUGAUGUUUGCUUUUCAGACUGACAGAGUCUAUUUCUCAUCUGCUGUUUAAUAACCGUGUCCCUAGUGUAGAAUGAAAUGCCUUUCGUUGCGGAACUCGACCCAUUUGAAAAUAUGCAUUUGAAAAGGCAAUGGGUGUUAUAAAGAAAUCAAGUGCAUGAAUAUCCUUGGGAUGUUUCUAAGUAUAUCCAACAAACGAACAAAAAAAGCUUGCUUAAAUAGCACCAAAUAAGCGCGCAAACAGGAUGCGGUUAUGCUAAUGCAUCAAGUUUGUAUUAUACUUUUACCGCGGGCUCCAGUGGUUUUUGCUUUUGUCAUUUUCGUUCAUCUGUUCAUUUGAUAACAAGUUGUUGUUCUCAGAUUAAUUGUAAAUGUACCGGUGUUUGAUGCUCGGAUUAAUUUUAAAUGUACCGGUGUUUGAAGGAGUUUUCGCCCGGUUGUACUAAGAAAACACAAGGAAAUAUGACAGAGAAUGAAGCCACAAAUCUAAGAGGAAGGGGCUAAGAUUUC